AUGGUAGCACCGAUAUUCGUACUAGAGGCGACAGCCCUCAAUGCUAUCAGAUCGCUUCCGUCAGACGUCUACCUCGUCCACGCGACCAACUGUAUAGCAGAGUGGGGCGCUGGCAUAGCGGCUGAACUUGCACGCGUCUUUCCAGCUGCAUACACAGAAUACAAGACAUUCUGCCGCGCCGACGCGUCUUCGCGAUGGCCAUCGCCAAAGCUCGCGGGGCAGUGCUACAUCAUUCCACCACAGACUUCAGACGUCGCUAGCGGGGCGCCCAAGAUACAUAUUGUAUGUUUGUUUACCAGUUACGGGUACGGUAGAGCAAACGCGAGGACUGGAAAGCCAGGGAGAGAUGCAGCCGGGAAGAUCCUGAAGCAGACAAGGAUGGCUUUGAGGGACAUGAGGACACAGAUCGAUGCACAAACAGGGAAGCGAGAAGAUGGGCCUGUGACGAUCUAUUCGCCCAUGUUCAACUCGGGUGCGUUUCGUGUACCGUGGGAGAAGACGUCCAAGGUUAUCGGUGAGGAGUUUGAUGGGUUUGAAGGGCGUUGGUUAGUGAUGGCACCACCAUCCUCUGAACUGUGA